AUGGCUGAAUCCUCCGAAUCUGCGUGGCCGCAGCAGAGUCAGCAGCUGCAGAUUAGCAGCACAAUGCCGGCCGGUUCUGCAUGGCCGGAGGAGGAGAAUCUCGAGAAUCUCGAGCAGCCGCUUCCCCUGCUGAUGCCAUCGUCGGAGGAUCAUCGCGAGCAGCAGCUUGUUCCCGUUCCAUGGCUGCAGCAGGAUCAGGAUCAGGAGUGGCAUGAGCAGGAGCAGUUUCUUCCCCUCAAAAAUCAGAAUCAGGAGCAGCUUCAGGAUCAGCAACCUCUGCAGGAUCAGGAGGAGACGCGUAGAUAUUUGGGCGUGCCCGGAAUCCGGUUCGUGCCGUCGGAUAUAGAACUUAUCCUUGACUUCCUCCGGCCGAAACUACGCGGCGAGCAGCUGCCCAGCUACAGCUACAUGCAUGUCUGCGACGUCUACUCCGACCAUCCUAAAGAACUUACGAGUAAGCUGGGUCCCAGCCGCGAAGGAAACUGGUACAUGUUUUCACCUAGAAACCGGAAAUACAACAAAGGCAAAAGGCCUAGCCGAAGCACCGGUCAAUUGGGUUUUUGGAAGUCGACUACCAAGAACGAGGCCGUCCUUGACGCCCUCAGCGAUAACAUGUUGAUUGGAUACAAGGCAUGCCUCACCUAUCACGAAUACGAUGAGAGCAUGCCGACGCCAAAGUUGAAGAAAGAGAACGCGAUCAAGACGCCGUGGAAGAUGUGGGAGUUCGUGUGUUCCAACUCCAACCGGCCGUUCGACGCGGAGGAGGAGCCCAUGCGGCUCAACGACUGGGUGUUGUGCAAAGUUACCAACAAGGACAACAAAGUUACCACCAAGAAGUUCAAACCACAACGCAGCAAGAAGCCGAAGAAGCCGAAGAAGCUACAGCAGGAGGAACAGCCACAAAACCAAGGCAUUGUGAUCAGGCAGCCCACGGGAGUUACUGCAGAUGGUAUUGUUAUGGAUGACAGUACGGGAGUCGAUUCAUAUGGUUGUGUAGAUGGUGCUGGUGCUCUUAAUUUCCAGAGGAACAUCUUCUACCACCGUUAA